ACUGGAGAAGACCCUGAUGCUGGGAAAGCCUGGCCCGCCCUGCAGAUAUUACUAAUUGGUCUCUUGACCUGCACAAUUUAUAUAAUCUUCAAGGCCAGAGAUAGGAGUGUAGUGAUUAGCUUCUCACAAGCAGCUGUGUACUUUGUGGUGAGUGAGAACUGGGAGUGAUGUGAUAAUGUUCUAGAGGCUUCUGAAAAUGUGUCCUGAUUGGAUGUCAUCAUUGCCUGAUAUUGCAGGGCCCAAAAACUAUAAUUGAGCUAAGACCCUGAAGAAGAGUGACUAGCUGGGAUUUUGACAGAGACUCAAGGCCUGAACUAGGACCUCCUGGAAUUGCAAUUGCUAGCAACAUAGAAGCACUUGGCCUUUGACUCUUGACUUUAAGGAGUCUAAAAAUACCAAAAUGACUGGGAGAAGUAUUCCAAAUCCACCUGUCUGAAUAUUUUACUGGAGAAGACAAAGUGGCCUGUUACCGGCUUUCUCCUGUCUUUUGAAAUGAUUUUUGCUACAGGAUCCAUCCUCCAGGAAUUUCCCAUGCUGGAGUUGCCAACUGUAUCUGCGUGCUUCUCCACUUCGACCGACCAGUUGAUCACCAGAAUAGCUACUCUACAGACACACAGAAAAGGAGAAGUUUCUUCUCCAAAGAAAGAGAGAGAGAGAGAACUACAGACAAUACAUGACUGAAGAAGGAUUAGCAGCAUUUUGCAUCUUGUCCAUCACUUUCCUACCAAAGAAGAUCCAUCCAGCUGUGGCACUGGCACUCUUCUACUAUCCCAGCACACCUAUCCUGUGCUGAAUGAUUACCUCCAUACCAGGAGUGAUGGGCCUGCCUUUGUUGAUGCUGCUGAUAGCAGCUGUUCUCUGGCACGAAGUCAAGCCUGUGUCUGUUACAAUCGGAAAGAAAUACUAUGUGAGAAUCCAGGGUGAACCAUUCAGUAUCACCUGCGAGCUAAGUUACCAUCUCAGCAAAUACGAUUGCAACUGGAGUUAUCCUCUUUCUCCAAAUGUCUAUGUCAAUGAAACCUAUGGGGCUGGUUAUAAAAAAUACACUACGUCACUGAAUCUGUACAUUCCAAAGGUGCAAUUAAGUAAUACUGGGGAAUAUAUUUGCUUUGGAAACUCUUCUGAAGGAUCAAGUAAUACUUCUGCCAUUCUUCAAGUGGUAGAGAGAGGCUUUGUUCAUUUGUCCAUCCUACAGAACACAAGCCAGGAGGUGAGUUUGACUGAAAGCCUGAAACUGCACAUACUCAUUGAUGCUUAUCACAGAGUUCACAACUGGACAUGGACAUAUACGAACCCAUCAGGUGGCUCCCAAAAUGCCACACUAAACAGCUGGAUGAGUUCUGAUCAUACCAGGAAUACACUCACGCUGAGCAAGUCGUGGGAAACAGUGAGUGGAAUGUACACAUUUUUUGCCGAGAAUGGUGAUGCCAAUGCCUCAGUUACUUUCAACAUCACUGAGAAAGUUCCACCUGAGGCCUACGUGGUGAACAAUAAUUCCACUAGCCUUUGGUGUGAAGCUGCUGGUUACCCAGCUCCACGUAUUGAGUGGUAUAAAUUGCCUCACCAUCACUCUGCACCCAGAUGCAGCCAAGAUGGAGAGCUGAUUAAGAAGGACCCAAGUCCACAGAUCAUUCAUGCAAUUCCCUUUGGAAAAGUGUCAGUGAAGAGUAUCCUUUUAGUUGAGGAGACUGAAGAUAACAUCACGUUUUGCUGCCUUGCAAUUAACAGUGAAGGAAAUGAUCCUAACUUCUACAAACCGCCAAGUAAAGUAAUCCAGAUGACCCCCACAAAUAUCUCCAAGACAUUGAUUGCCAGCUUUGUGGGAACAACGAUUUUUCUUCUUCUCUGUAUCAUCACCUUAUUCUACAAAUGCACAAAGAAACCAAAGUACGAAGUCCGCUGGAAGAUCAUUGAGUCCUCUGAAGGAAACAAUUACAUUUUUAUUGAUCCCACCCUGCUCCAUUAUAAUGAGAAAUGGGAGUUUCCCAGGAACAACUUGCAGUUUGGGAAGACGCUUGGAGCCGGAGCUUUUGGAGAGGUGGUUGAAGCCACUGCAUUUGGGCUCGGGAAAGAAGAUUCAGUCCUGAAGGUGGCUGUGAAAAUGCUGAAAUCAACAGCACAUGCUGAUGAGCAGGAAGCCCUCAUGUCAGAGCUGAAGAUCAUGAGCCAUUUGGGGCACCAUGAGAAUAUCGUCAACCUGCUGGGUGCAUGUACCCAUGGAGGUCCCAUCUUUGUCAUCACUGAGUAUUGUCCACAUGGGGACUUGCUCAAUUUCCUGCGAAAAGUAGCUGAGAAUCUCAUAAUCCAGGAUUUGACCGUGGACUCCUCUUUUGAUAGCACGGUGGCUGACUAUAAGAAUAUGUACCUUGGGAAGAAAUAUGUCCGAAGUGAUAGUGGAUUUGGAAGUCAAUGUAUAGGAGACAACUAUCUGGAAAUGAGACCUGUGGCAACAUCAGUCUCCAUGCCAGCAAAAGGACACAGCUCAGAUUCAGAAGAGGAAAAGGAGAACAAACCAGUUCUUGGCCUGCGUGAAUUGCUACGGUUCUCCAGCCAGGUGGCUCAGGGAAUGUCUUUUCUUGCUUCAAAAAAUUGCAUCCACCGAGAUUUGGCUGCAAGGAAUGUGCUAGUAGCUGAUGGACAAGUGGCAAAGAUCUGUGACUUCGGCCUGGCUAGAGACAUUAUGAAUGAUACAAAUUAUGUCGUCAAAGGCAAUGCUCGCCUGCCAGUGAAGUGGAUGGCACCAGAGAGUAUCUUUGAAUGUGUUUACACAGUACAAAGUGAUGUAUGGUCUUAUGGCAUCCUUCUCUGGGAGAUAUAUUCUCUAGGCAAGAGCCCCUAUCCUGGUAUGAAGGUGGACAGCAAGUUUUAUAGCCUGGUGAAACAGGGAUAUCAUAUGGCCAGGCCUGAUUUUGCUUCAGAUGACAUGUACAACAUCAUGAAAGCCUGCUGGAACUUGGAGCCCACUCAAAGGCCAACCUUCAUUGAAAUUUGUACUGUCAUUCAAAAACAGCUAGAUGCCAUCAAAGAACAGGACUAUACAAACUUGCCAAGGAACACAGAAAAUGACAGUGCCUGUGAGCCCACCAGCUUCUGUGAAGAAUCCUGUGAAGCCAGAGAAAGCAGGCAGCCCCUUCUGAGCAGCAACAAUUACCAGUUCUGUUAGAGACUGUCGUUCGCAAUCUUCAUGUCUGCUUGAGCACUGUUUCAGCUGGGAUGCAGGUCCUCCACAGGUCUCUCGGGGAUUUUCAUGUCUGAAAACUAGAUGCUUUCAUUCACAAGUCCCAGCCUGGGGCUGUAACAUGCAUUGGCAACAGACUCCAAGCCAUUCAUUUCCUCGUCCUUAACAUCUGGCAUAAUGGCUUCCCUCUUGCAUUUAGCUUAGCUUGAAAUAAACAGCUGUCAAGAGGGCAAUUGGUAUAGCCAAGCACCAACCUUGUAUGAAACCAUGCUUGCAUGAAUGGGAAUGGAGCCUGAAACUUUAAAGCCAAACAUUCCGCAUUUCAUAUGCACUUCACUGGCCCACAUUUUGUAAGUUCCAAGAGAUCAGAUGAAUGCCUUUCCCUAUCUUUAGAGAACUCUUUUUUCCACACAAACUAAUUGCCAGAAGUUGAUAAAAUCUCCUGCUGCAAAGAACCAACAACCUAUCCACUUUAUCUCUCAGACAGGAUUCUGCAGGGGGACAAAGAGAACAGGAAGAAUCAUGGUCAUUCACCAUUCCACAGUGACUUCCUAGACAAAAAAAUGAGCACAGACAGAACAAGAAGCAGUGCUUCAUCCACAAGUAUCUCUCAUUUAGAAUUACCAUGCAGAAUGCAUUAACCAAGUAAACAAAAAAAUGCAUGUUUGUAACUAUAGCUUUCAGUGAUACAACCAAUUAGUUAAGAUUUAUAUAUAAGCACACUUAUGAUUUGAGUAAUUACCGAUUUUGAAUGAACUAAGCCAAUUGAUCGUAGAUGAGAACUAAGGAAUAGCUAUAGUUUAUCAUUUGUUUAAUGGCUUGCAGUAGUUCAAGUAACUAAACUAUAAUCUAGGAGUAACUGCAACUCAACAUAAUGGAUUGCUUGCUAAAUCAUUAUAAUAUUUAGAAACUGAUUUAUAAACUUUUGACAAACUAGUACUUUAAGUUAAUGGAAAGAAUAAAAGGAUGCCUAUUCCAGGAUGUUUUGCCAUCUCAGAUACAAAGGAUGAAAAUCCAAAGAAUCUGAGAAUCACAGAAUCAUAGAGUUGGAAGGGUUCUCCAGGGUCAUGUAAUCCAACCCCCUGCACAAUGCAGGAAACUCACAAAUACCUCCGCCUAAAUUCACAGGAUGAGUUGGUACAUCACUUGAUUGAGUUGUGUUCUAUACCUUAUUCCUGGCAGCUAAAUGUGUGAACCAACUCGUUAAUUUCACGUGAUAUGAAGAAAUUUAAAACUCUCUCUACAGCUUCACUUUGUGACUUAGUCGUCAAAUUAUUACCCAUACUGGAUUCUAUUAAGGUGGUGACUGGAUGGUGUAAGCAGAAUUUAGCACUCAAAUUCAUAAGGACUUGAUGCACAACAAAAGCUGUACAUCAUCCCUCCCCGAAUACAUUUUUGUUUAGAGGAAAGGAGGCAUUCUGGAACAUUUGGGUACACCAUUACCCCUCAUCCAUGGAGUCAGGAAGUAGGGCUGAUCAUUCCAUCUCCAGAUGGGAGUACCCACCCUCUUGUUUUUCUUCUGGCCUCGCCUGUAAGAGUAAGCAAGGAAGGAGCCCUGUGGAUUUUCCUUCUGUUCCCCAGAGAGCUUUCAGGGUUUCUAGUGUUUGUCUCUUUGUCCACUGACGCCUAACUUCACCUAUAACAAAGUAUAGCUGCUGCGCUAGUUUUUUGACACAGUGGACAGAAGUUCAACAGUGACUAUAUCUCAGUCUCAUUAUUCUUAGCCAGGGGCUGCUGAAACUACCUUUUAAGCUCACUGGAGAUACUCCUGGAAGAAGCACAGCAAUGAACCAGAGUAAUCUUGGGGGUCUGUUUAUGGCUGUGUUUAUGGAGCUAUAGGAUGAUCAGGACCUACAGUGCAGAGGCACACAGUGCUGUGCUCAAGUGAAAUUUUUAAAAAUUGCUGAAAAUACUGAAGACAGCAUAACUUUGUAAAGGCAGACAGCCUUGAAGCAGAAAAGAUUGGCAUUUACUCUAGUUGGACAGGGCUGGUUAUCAUGGAAUAUUAUGAAAUUAAGCUAAUUUUGUAUUUAUGCAAUAAUGUAAUUGUUGGAAUGUAUUAAGUUCCAGAACUCACAACAAUAGCAGCGAGGCAGACAACUCUGUUAAUUGUUCAUGAUUUCUCCUGAGCUAUUUUCAUAUAAGAAAAAUUAAUACAAAGUAAGAGCCAUGCUGAUGUGGAACAUUUAACUUACAUUUAUUCCUCAAAAUGUGUUACUUGUUCUAUAAUUUGCACUUUUUAGCAGUUCUUCAUUUAUACAUUCGACAUUCCCAAGCACUCAUGUGAAGUGUUUUGUAAAUGUAUAUAUGUGUACAACAUUGCAAACAUAGCUUGAAAAUCACAAAUUAGAACCAAAUAUCCUAAAAUAAGAUGUUACAUUUUAA